GAAAGCAUCCUUAGCAUAAAUAAUUGAUUUUGACCGUGGCUCAUAUAUAUAUAUAUAUCGCGUGUAUAGUUGCCGAUGGGAGAUCGCUUUGACACCAGCCAUUUGGUCCGUUGGCCACUGGCGCCAUCAUGCUGAAACCCUUUUUUCAAAAAUAGAGAAAAGACAUGACAUGAUGGACCAUAAAGAAGCCGCCGUUUGGCGGGUGAUUGACCCAAAUGACCUCCCAACCAAUGAGACGAGCCAGUUAGCCCGUGGGCCCUUGCAGUGGGUUCCUGUCACCGAAUCAAGGCCAUCGCUAGUAGGUUGGAGGCCAUCUCUACCAGGCGGUUGGAAGCCAUCGCUUUCCUGCCUCCUCAACACCAUUUCAUAGGCUGUCGCUGGUGGGUUGGAGGCCAUCUCUUAUGUUGGAAGCCAUCGCUUUUCUCCUCAACACCAUUUCAUAGGCUAUCCGCCAUACCAUGAUCGGUCUCUUCGACAAUGCCAGUUUCCGCCAAGUUUCACUGAAAAGAAGAGCUACCAGUUGUCCCCUCCUUCCUUCCUUCCUUCCUUCCUUCCUUCCUUCCUUCGCUUGAUCUUCUUCAUCCUGAUGGAGGCAGCAUUUUGGGCAGCACCUGACCCACCACCGCUUCGGUAGAGCCCUGGACCACGGACAUCGGACAUCACCCGAUCUACACCAGCCGCAUCAAUCUACACCAUCCCAAUCAGACAAUCCAUGAGGCAAAGGCAACGACCACAGUCCUCACGCUUCUAUGGGAUUUUACAUGAUUUUACGGAGUGGUGCCAAGACAUUGGUAAUUAGUUUGAAGAGUUCCCAAAUGAUUCCAUUGUCUAUUGUCUGAAAAACCACUGGGACCUGGAUUGGAUAAGAUAUCAGAAGAUUCAAGAGCCUUACAACUCCAGAUUUGCAUUGAAAUCGUUUUGUUUGCUGUUCUGUUGCCAGCGGACUAGACUAUCCUGAAUGAUACGUUUGCGGUUGUCUUGAAUUUCUGCUGCGCAAAACACGUCCAUUGACGACCGUCCGUGCUUUGGAGUUGGCUGAAAGCAACCAGUCGUCCGACUGGGUCAUGAAGGGUCAAGACAUGGCUGGCACAUUCACUUUGACCGCUAAACAACUCUUGGUUGUUGUUUCAUGUGGUGCCACCAUGUGGGCCGGGUGACACCUGAAAACAUGCUCGAGAUGUCCGUUUCAUGUGGAUCAAGUCUUCCCACCCUGCGCGCGGUGCACCAUGGAACGACCGGGGCUUCCAGUAUGCAUCAUUACAGGUUUCCUGGGUGCUGGCAAGACCACCUUGCUAAAUCAUAUUCUUAACCAACAAGGCGAGACUGUGAGGCAUCAAGGCCAUUGCGUCCGCCCAAAGCUGGGUGGAGUCGACACAGGUGCUCGUGUGGCAGUCUUCGUGAAUGAGUUUGGCAGUGUGGACAUUGACGGUGACCUCAUUCGUUGGCAGGGCAAGAUUGAUGAAGCAAGGGUUGUCACCUUGGACAAUGGCUGCAUGUGCUGCGAAGUGAAUGCCGACCUCCAACGACAGCUACGGAAGAUCCUGGAGGCUCAGAAGAAGGCCCCUGAAAAGUUGGACUUGUUGGUCAUUGAGACCAGUGGUUUAUGUGAUCCGGCACCUGUCCUGAGCACGCUAGAACAAUUGGAUGAUUUGGCAGCUCAGCUGGGAACAGUGGUCACAGUGAUGGAUGCUAGCGACCUGUGUGAUCACGUACCUAAAUCGGCCCAGGCCUUAUCUUUGCAAGAGACCGCCGCCCAGCAGAUCAAGUAUUGCGAUCUGGUGUUGCUGAACAAGUGUGACUUGCUGGGUGGCAUGGAUUCAGAUCGUGUGGCAUUGCUUGAGGAGCGUUUCGCUGAAGUCCUCUCUAAGGUGCAGG